AUUUAUUCUUCUUCUCCGCGUUAUUGCCAAGCCAGGAAUAUUUUACAGAGGAAAUGAAAGAUUUCUAGAGAGAGGGGCAAACAGAAGCAAGAAAUUUGAGUCUCUCUCUAAUGGCAGAAGAAGCAAAAACCUUGAGAAAGAUAUCAGCAGCUUUUAAAGAUCUAGCAGAUACUGUUGAUUCAAAAACCCUAGAUGUUGAAGUUGCACCAUUUUCUCAUGCUUGUUCACUUGUUUCCCCUCUCUUUGGCUGCUUAGGAAUUGCUUUCAAGUUUGCUGAAAUGGAUUAUGUUGCCAAAGUUGUUGAUUUAUCAGAAGCAUCAAAAUCAAUACAAACAUUAGAGUCAAUGUUGGAAUUAGACAUUGAACAUAAAACUCUGAAAGUAGCUGGUAGUCAUUCGAGAAAUCUAUUAAGAGUCAAGCGUGGGAUCGAUAUGGUUAGGGUUUUAUUUGAGCAGAUUUUAGUUACUGAGGGAAAUUCCUUGAAGGAUCCAGCAUCCAAGGCAUAUGCCCAGGUAUUUGCUCCUCACCAUGGAUGGGCUAUCAGAAAGGCAGUUGCUGCGGGGAUGUAUGCCCUUCCUACAAAGGCACAGCUACUGAAAAAGCUAAAUGAAGAUGAAGCCUCGGCAAGGAUCGAAAUGCAAAAUUACGUUGCAGCAUCGGCUCCUGUCAUUCAGUAUGUUGACAAGCUGUUCCUUUCAAGAGAAUUGGGCAUAGACUGGUGAAAACUCAGAAGAGAACAUCUGACUACUCCUCGUGUUCAUUAUGUAUUCAGCCGUGUACAUUAUUUAUUUACUUCUUACAAGAAAUUACCACUGCCUAGAAAUUAUUAUCGCAUUUGUAACUUUUCCACAAAUAGUGUCAAAGGGGGAUUACAGGUAUUUCUGAUUGCUUGGAUGAUGAUGAAACAGUUUCGGGUUCACGACAUUGUACCUUAAAUCCCCAGUUAUCCUUUCCUGAAUUUGUAACCCAAACAUUCAAGUUAAUAGUAUAAGUUACUGGAUGUGGUAUUGUAAGUGUUAUUGUUUGUCUGUAAUGCACUGUCUAUUUUGGUGUUUGUCUCCUUUA